CUUCUCUCUCGUUGGUGCGCUGUGAGUGCGAAAGCACGUUCGUGCGUAUAACAGAGCCAAACUUGCGCGGGGUCGCACCGGGCUAAACUGAAUUGGGGAUUGGCCUUUCGUACCGAGGCGAGCCGAUCCAAGCUCCACUUUAUUCUAGCACUGUGAACAUGGCGGUGUUUUGCAGAUCCGCGUCGCUCCUUGUGAGACAAGCCACUGCGCUGUCUUUGGCUGGUGCACGGCGGUAUAGCACGGCUCCGUAUCAGUAUAUCCUGGUGGAAAAGAAGGGAGAAAAGCAGAAUGUGGGUUUCAUCCAGCUGAACCGACCAAAGGCGCUGAACGCCCUCUGUGAUGGCUUGAUGACAGAAGUGAGUCAGGCCCUAGAUGCCUUUGAAGAGGACAGCCAGGUUGGGGCCAUAGUCAUCACAGGCAGCGAGAAGGCUUUCGCAGCGGGAGCAGAUAUUAAGGAGAUGCAGAACAGGACCUUUCAGGAGUGUUACAGUGGAAACUUCCUGUCCCACUGGAACAAAGUCUCCACAGUGAAGAAACCUGUCAUCGCUGCAGUGAACGGCUUCGCGCUCGGGGGAGGCUGUGAACUGGCGAUGAUGUGUGACAUCAUUUAUGCUGGGGAGAAGGCUCAGUUUGGACAGCCAGAAAUCCUGUUGGGAACCAUUCCUGGUGCUGGUGGAACGCAGAGGCUCACCAGGGCUGUUGGGAAAUCCCUCGCUAUGGAGAUGGUGCUUACGGGAGACCGGGUCUCUGCUCAAGAAGCCAAGCAGUCAGGCCUUGUUAGCAAAGUGUUCCCCAUCGACCAGCUGGUACCUGAAGCUAUUAAGUGUGGAGAGAAGAUAGCGGCCCAUUCUAAGAUUAUUGUUGCGAUGGGAAAAGAAGCCGUCAAUGCAGCCUUCGAGCUGACGCUGACUGAGGGAACCCGUCUGGAGAAGAGGCUGUUUCAUGCCACUUUUGCCACCAACGACAGGAAGGAAGGAAUGACUGCAUUUGUGGAAAAGCGGAAAGCAUCAUUCCAGGACAAGUAGGGAAGGAGUCCUGGCUGACCUUCUUUAUCCUCAAUGGUCCUGAAGUGAAGUCGGAGGUCCGAUGUGUACAUGCCUUGUGUUUGCACACAAGUACUAAUGUGUUUCUCUGUCGAGUCCUUCAGCUUUGCUGUGUGGAAUAUAGGCAGAAUUGUAAUCUGUGCAUAAUUGACUUUUGUUUUAUUGGUAGUUGGAAAAUAAAAGCAUUAAGUAAAUCACUUCAUAUAGACCCCUUUAUUAAGCUAAAUUACAGUAUUGUGCUUUCCAGUUAAUUAAAUGUAGAAGGGUAUGAAAAUGCAUAUAUGGUAUUUACAGUUGGUGAAAAACAGUGGAAAUUUAUAGGCAGUGAGUUUGGUGUUAACUUUUUUACGAGCUGCAAUGACUGAUUAAUAAUUAAACCAGAGCUAACCGGGAACUGAUUAGAUUUAUAAAAGCAUGGUGCACAUCACAACUUCUAAAAAAAGUAAAUAAGUUGUAGUGUGACACGUGACCAUGGGAGGUCGCUCGUCUACGUAUUUUAAGCAAAUAUAAGAAGGUGGUGGCGUAGGGCGGCUGUGAAACGUGGAAAAAUUACCCUCCAAGGGGCAGUAAAGUCAUUCAUUCGUGAUCGCAGUUUAAUUGACUUGGAGAAUAGGACGGUAGGGUAAAUAAAUCUUAAUUUUUUUGUACUAUUGAUCAGACUGACCAUGUAAAUACGAUGUACAUAUAAAUAAAGUGUGGUUUUUGAUCA